AUGAAAAAUAUGACGCUUUCCCGGAAUAAAUACAUCAGCGGCGACUUUUGGACCAAUCUAGGAGGUGAAGUCAAUGGGCUGCGCUCUUUACUUGAACAGCCUGUAGACGACGACGAUGAUGAAAGCAAUGAUGACGAUGAACAUUUCAAAACUACCCCUUCAAUAACUGGCUCAACAGAUCCACCAGUACACUCGUCACUAUUCGACUUCGUCUUCCAUGGGGCUGAUAGUCGUCUAGAACAACAAACGGGUUUCCCAGUAUCACCCCUUCACUUCAAGGCCCUUAGCGAUACCUAUUUCACAAAUGUCGAUCCCAUUUUCAAAAUUAUUCAUAGGCCAACGACUCUCUCUUGUAUAGCGAAUUGUACGAGAAACUUUUCAGCACCACCAAAUAACAAUAUAACCGAGCUGCUGAUGCUGUGUAUGUAUUUCGCUGCAAUCACGUCAAUGUCGCCAAAGGACUGUCAGAAUACCUUCCAUCAAGACUCCCAAAUCCUAGUUACCAAAUUCAGACGCAGUGCGGAGCUCGCCUUUGCAAGAGAGAAUCUUCUUAUUACGGAUGAUUUCGCAGUUCUUCAAGCGUUCGCUAUCUAUCUUUUUACCUUACGAGUAUACAGCAAAACCCAGUCCACGUGGACUCUCUUCGCACUCGUGCUAAGAAUUGCUCAGUCGUUCGGAAUACACAAAGACGCCGACGGCACCGGCCUAUCUUUUUUUGAGGCUCAGCAAAGAAGCCUUCUCUGGUGGCAGAUCAUGAUCCUUGACCUCCGCUGUGCAGAAGACCGAGGUACUCAGCCGAUGAUAUUCGAUAGCUCGUUCAACACUUCUAUGCCUCUUAACAUUUGCGACGAUGACUACGGACCCGAAACAAGCGAGGCUGUUCCGGAAUUUUCGGGCUUGACCGACAUAACCCUGAGCCAUAUCACCCAUAAAUUGGCAUUUAUCUUCCGAAAGCUUCUAUUUCCGAACCAGAUAAGUUUCACUGAGAAAGAACAGAUGGUAAAAAACUUGAGCCAUGAAUUCGAGUCACUCUUCUUUCAAAAGUGCGACGUAAAUAUACCUAUUCAGUGGUAUCUCUCUACAGUUGGCCGAUUAUUGAUCCUCAAGAUGUGGCUAUCAUUGAGAUAUCCGCUUCAAGUUCAAGAUCAACCAAUUUACCCGAAUACCGGUACUACCAGGAAUCAAACACUUCGCACAGCGGUCUUGAUCCUCGAAACUAUGGACAUGUACGAGAACGAUCCGAAGAGCGUCCGGUUCAAGUGGGUCGGACGAACGUGGGUGCAGUGGCAUCCUUUAGCCGUCGUAUUGGCCGAACUGUGCAUUCAAACAGAGGGCCCGUUAGUAGACCAAGCAUGGGUGGUCGUGGAAAGUCUGUGGAAUACCUUUGGAGAACGAGCUGCCGAUACCACGGAGGGCAUAUUGUGGAAACCGCUCAAGAGGCUCCUGAAGAAGGCACGAGCUGCAUACCAAGAAGCGGCACUCAAGAGAGACUUCCACCGAAUCGGAGACAUAACUGCUAACGGUGUUGCUCAGCCUCUUUCGGAUCCAAUAUUUGAUCUUAGUCAAAUGGAGAUUGAUGAAUACAACCCAUCACUAACUUUUAAUAGCUGCGCUCCGGCCGAUGCACAGAUGCCCACUUUAUGGAACAAUUCUGAUACAUCUUACAACAUGAAUACAACUCCGCAGAAUAUUAUCAAUACGGAUUAUAGCAAUCAAGCCAAUUGGGCAGUUUGGCAGGGAUUUCUCCUGGAUUCCGAAGUCCCGUAUUCGAUAGAGGAAAAUGCGUUUGAGGCAUACCCACUUGCCUCUGAUACUGCUUGA